ACAAAUCGUAAAGUACGAUUGGUCAUUAUUGAUUUUGCCGGUCUCUCUACCGACAUGGAUGAUUUGCGACAUUUUGUCAAAACCAACAAACGCAUUCUUGAAGUCACAGUGGAUGAGGGCCACAAAGGCCACGUAAAGAGAUCCAAAUAGACCUAAACCUAUACCACUCGACCAAUGUUCUGUUCAAGUCCCUUCAUACCCUUCGCACAUCUAUCAUUAACCACCUACCAUCUGCUGAUUUCCACUUGCCAUUUCCACUUGCCACCAGAAAAGGACCCUUGCCACUUUUUACAAACCAUUUUCUGUCUUCUAGCUAUCAUUAACCACCUACCAUCUGCUGAUUUCCACUUUAUUUUCCACUUGCCACCAGAAAAGGACCCUUGCCACUUUUUACAAACCAUUUUCUGUCUUCUAGCUAUCAUUAACCACCUACCAUCUGCUGAUUUCCACUUUAUUUUCCACUUGCCACCAGAAAAAGACCCUUACCACUUUUUACAAACCAUUUUCUGUCUUCUAGCUAUCAUUAACCACCUACCAUCUGCUGAUUUCCACUUUAUUUUCCACUUGCCACCAGAAAAAGACCCUUACCACUUUUUACAAACCAUUUUCUGUCUUCUAGCUAUCAUUAACCACCUACCAUCUGCUGAUUUCCACUUUAUUUUCCACUUGCCACCAGAAAAGGACCCUUGCCACUUUUUACAAACCAUUUUCUGUCUUCUAGCUAUCAUUAACCACCUACCAUCUGCUGAUUUCCACUUUAUUUUCCACUUGCCACCAGAAAAAGACCCUUACCACUUUUUACAAACCAUUUUCUGUCUUCUAGCUAUCAUUAACCACCUACCAUCUGCUGAUUUCCACUUUAUUUUCCAUUAUGCCACACUUGCCACUAUAUUUUCUAAUUGAAGGACUCUUCAACUUUUUAAUUUUUGUGGAUGGUCAUUUUCAUAGGCUUUUUUUGAAUUACCUGCUUUUUGUGGGUGGGUAAGGUGUGUGUUAGCCAUUUUUAUUCGCUUCGCUUCUUUUUUUUUGAGAAAAAAAAGAAAA